GGAGGGAGCAGAAGGAUGGACGGAUGGACAAAAGAAAGCGUUUGGAGAGGCAGCUGAGGAGACGGAGGACAACAGGAGGCGCUGGCAGGAACACCACCGACACGCCGGGAGGAAAAAAUGGCAAAUUUUUCAGGAACAUGGAAAAUGAGAAGCAGCGAGAACUUUGAUGAGUUACUGAAAGCUCUAGGGGUCAACGCCAUGUUGAGGAAGGUCGCAGUGGCGGCUGCAUCCAAGCCCCAUGUGGAGAUAAAGCAGGACGGCGAACAUUUCUACAUCAAGACUUCCACCACUGUUCGCACCACAGAAAUCAGCUUUCAGAUCGGAGAGGAAUUCAACGAGGAGACAGUGGAUGGCAGGAAGUGCAAGAGUUUGGCGACAUGGGAGACCGAAAAUAAAAUUUACUGCAAGCAGACUCUGGUGAGUGGGAACGGCCCGAAGACCUUCUGGAGCCGGGAGCUCAAAGGGGACGAACUCAUAUUGACCUUUGGAGCCGACGACGUGAUCUGCACACGGGUCUACGCACGAGCGUAGCUGAACAUCUUCCCACCUGCCGGGUUUCCAACCUUCACCUCCAGUCGUUUGUUUUUCAUCCUCAACUCCCAUUUUAGUUUAGAAAUAAGCGAAUUCGGUUUUCCAGUUUACCACAAAUAAUUGCUAGAAUACUAAUAGAAUGCUGUAACUGCAUGUGGAUAAAAACAAAAGUGGCCAACCGAGUUUCUGUCUACUCAAAGAAUAGUUUAAUGCCAAACACCAUAACACUCAUAUACAACAAUGUAAAAGUCCAGAAGUGACACAAUAAACAAGGUACAAACAGUAUCUGUAUGUACAAUCAGCUCCC